UAUCCAGCAAACCGUUAAUAAAUGGGUAGCUACACAUAACUCUUCAUUCGUCCGUCAAGAGUGGAAGAUUUAAGAUGGCACGAUACAUCUUGUUGUGUUUAUUUCCUUUAAUACUUUAUUUUCAAAUAACAUUUGGACAAUGGGCUGGAGAGAGUGCUGCUUGUCGGACAGAGCACGGUGCUUGUACCAAACAUGUAUAUGAAAACAUACGCCUGACUGCCCUUCGAAGCUCCGGCUGCCAAAAGUUUUGCCAGUGCGUACAUGCAUCUACAGAAUUAGACGGAAGUGUCACUUAUAUGUGGGUAGAACAGCAGUGCCCCCCGACAACACUUUUUGAUGACAGCCUUCCAGCUCCGGUGUGUAAUCAUGCAGCGAAUGUACAAUGCACUGGGACUUACGACGAGGAUUGUAGUUGUGAACAUGGGGCAUGCACUCAGUUUAUUUAUGAAAAUGUCCGCUUAGUUGCGCAGACAAGCACCGGCUGUAAGAAAUUCUGUCAAUGUGCGCAUGCGUCGACACAGUUAGACGGAUCUGUGACGUAUCAUUGGGUGGAGCAUACAUGCCCUGCCGGGACUUUAUUCGACAGUAAAUUACGGGUCUGCAACCAUGCAGAUAACGUGCAAUGUACAGGAUCGGGACAUGAUAAUUCAGGCUUGAACGGUUCACCUACGUCACAGCCGUCUGGAGGACAGGUUCCAAUUGUUUCAGGCGACAAUGAAUGUUUUGAAGAAUAUGGUUCUUGUACCAAGCACCAAUAUGAAAAUGUAAGACUGGUUGCUCUCAAAAGUUCCGGAUGUAAGAGCUUCUGUCAUUGUGCGUACGCAUCAACAGAGAUUGACGGCUCCGUGACGUACAAAUGGGUGAAGAAGACAUGUCCAGCUAAUACUUUGUUUGAUGAAAUUAUUUCAGUCUGUAACCAUGACUACGAUGUUCAAUGUCAGAAGGAGGAAAGUGAAGAUUGUAAAUCGGAACACGGCGCAUGCUUUCAGUUUGUUUAUGAAAAUGUCCGCUUAGUUGCAAAAACAAAUUCCGGCUGUAAGAAAUUCUGCCAAUGUGCGCAUGCGUCGACACAGUUAGAUGGAUCUGUGACGUAUCAUUGGGUGGAGCAUACAUGUCCUGCAGGAACUUUAUUCGACAAAAAAAUUCGAGUCUGCAACCAUGCAGAUAACGUGCAAUGUACAGGAUCGGACCAUGAUCAUUCAGGCUUGAACGGUUCACCUACGUCACAGCCGUCCGGAGGACAGGUUCCGAUUGUUUCAGGAUCGGGACAAGAUAAUUCAGGUUCAAACGGUUCGCCUACGUCACAGCUGUCUGGAGGACAGGUUCCAAUUGUUUCAGGCUACAAUGAGUGUUUUGAAGAAUAUGGUUCUUGUACCAAACACCAAUAUGAAAAUGUUAGACUGGUUGCUCUCAAAAGUUCAGGAUGUAAGAACUUCUGUCAGUGUGCGUACGCAUCAACCGAGAUUGACGGCUCCGUGACGUACAAAUGGGUGAAGAAGACAUGUCCAGCUAAUACCUUGUUUGAUGAAAGUCUUUCAACGCCAGUGUGUAACCAUGACUACUAUGUUCAAUGUCAGAGCGUUGGUGAUAAGAAAGACGGUUGCCUCAAUGAACUCGGAACUUGCACAAAAAGUGAAUAUGAAGUGAAGAGAUUAGCAGCGCUUCGCAGUUCCGGAUGCAAAAAGUUUUGUCAAUGUGCGCAUGCGUCAACGGAACUGAAUGGAUCAGUAACAUAUUAUUGGGAAGAACAUACUUGUCCGAAGAACACGCUCUUUGACGAAAGUCUUCCGACACCAGUCUGCAACUGGGCAUAUAAUGUUCAAUGCUAAAAUAUAAUAGGCUCAAUAUAUGAUUCGAACUCGUAAUAUGGCAUGCUGAAACUCGUGAUUUCAUUUUUACACAUGAUUAAUCGAAUGAAAGUUCAUUAUUGUUUGCUAUAUUUUGAGAAAUGAAUUAAACAGAACAAAAACUUUAAUUAAAACUUGCACUGAAAUGUAGCAAAAUCAGAUAGCAAAGAAAAUGAACAUCUAUUCAUGUUGUUCAGAUACUAUAGAUAUCCAUAAAGAGCACGAGCUGGUAAUUAAUGCAAACUAAAUAUUCAAUAAAUUGAACUCUACUUUGCUUGUUUUUUUAUAUCUUAAAUUGAGCUAUGUUGUUUCUUCAGAUAUUAAGUUUUUUAUUUUGUACUUUGCUUGUUUUUUAUAUCUUAAAUUGAGCUAUGUUGUUUCUUCGGAUAUUAAGUUUUUGAUUUUGUACUUUGCUUGUUUUUUAUAUCUUAAAUUGAGCUAUGUUGUUUCUUCGGAUAUUAAGUUUUUGAUUUUGUAUUUGAGAUAGCUAGCUUUACUUAUAUAAAAAAAUCUAAUAUUGUAAUAUUAUUUUAAAGAAGAUACUGAUUUCAUUUAUUUACAAAAUAGCUGAAGUGACCAAUUAUGUUAAGAUUAUGAUGUCUGAUCGAGGCCACAUUUCAUUUACUUUUUGAUUAUUUACAAAUUCAAUAACCAAGAGAACACAAACACAGAUACGACACACGCACGCACACACGCACCAAGAGAGCAAACUACUUUUUUUAGUUUCAUAUAUUAUUAAUGAAUAAAAACAUAAUUAAUUUAGUUUAAUAAUAUUUUAUUGUAUAUUUUGUACAUGAUAAAUUUACACAAUCUACC